GAGCCCCGGACGAGAGACAGAUUAAUAGAGACUCUCCCUGACGCAAAAGGCAUCAGGACCGUUUAAUUCGGACAGAAUUGUUCGGACUUUGUCUUGUUUUCGUCGCAUCAAGCGUAACUCACAUCUUGAUUUCGGUGGCCAUGACCAGACCAAAGAGGAAGGCUUCGAUUCCAGUCAGAUAUCAGGAGUACGACCUUGGGACCCCCUUCACUACUGUCAGUACCGCGGCCCCGCCGGCAACUUCUACACCGCAACGAGUCUCUUUGGAAGAUUUCUUCGAACAACGAUUUAAAGACCUCACCCGGGAAUUGGACGAGCUGCAGCUAGACGUGACUCAUCUGCAUAGCGGUGGAGGAGCCCCCGGGAUCAGUCGACCAGCCACCCCCCUCCCAACAAAGUUUCCCGCCUUUCGACUCAACCACCCUCUCGCGGUAACCAACGAGAUCUCGGCGGCCAUCUUGCUUGCGUUCCGGACAGUGUCCUUGCGAUGACUCAGUAAAACAGAAGAUGAAAGAAACAGCAGGACGGGAGACUUAACAACACUUCCCAGCCCCGACACAGCACCAGCAAGCCGGAAAGAUGACCUACGAUAACUCGUACCCGACAUUGCAAGAGUUACGGGCCAUGCAUCUGUUGGAUGCCGCCAAGAACGCGGCCGGCCUGCCUGCCCAAGCUCCGUGGCCAGCAGGCAACCGAGCGGCUCCCCUACCAAAGGUGCAGUUCAACAACGAGGAGACACCUUCGCCAGGUGAACAGAAUGGAUCACCGUUGGGUCUGUUUGACCCUCUUCCUGGCAUUACUGGCGGGCAUGACAAGAGGCCAAGAAUGUCAGGAUCCGCUCGGCAUGGAGUCUGGUUCCAUCCCUGAUGACAGCAUCACUGCAUCGUCAUGGUUUAACGAUUGGGUCUACGAUUUUUACGAUGACCCGGCUACUGAGUACCCGGCUGAAUUCUAUUCCUGGGAUUUUGGCGCGACCUGGUACGCAAGGUUAAACGGAGACGGCUGGGCACCUACUUACUCCCGAGUUGGAGAGUGGCUGCAGGUUGAUUUAGGGGAGAUGAAGAACGUGAAGGGCACCAUUACUCUGGGUAGCCCCGAUGAUAACUUCUAUGUGACGUCAUACAAACUCCAGUACAGCACAGAUGAGACCACCUGGACGACAUACGCUGACACUGAUGGCUCAGAGAAGGUUUUCCCAGGCAACACGGACAGAACCACACCUGUCACCAACCUGCUGGACAACCCCAUCGGCACCCGUUAUGUGCGUUUCCUGCCCCAGACCUGGAGAGACUAUCCUGUCUUGCGAGUAGAAAUUCUAGGCUGCGCCGCAGGAGACACCGUGGCCACGACCCUAGCACCAACCACUACUGCUGCACUGACCACAGGAAGAGCUACAUCGGUGGCCACGACGCUGGCACCAACUUCAGGAGGACCUACAACCGAUGCACUGACUACGGCAAGAGAUGUUGAUGAAUGUGCAGAAGAAGCCGACAACUGCAGCCCGCAAGCCACCUGCUCCGACACUCCCGACUCUUUUACCUGCACAUGUAACCCUGGAUACACCGGCAACGGUGUCACCUGUACGGAUGUUGACGAGUGCGCCAGUAACAACGGAGGAUGUGGACAAACUUGUACCAACAACGCGGGAAGUUUUGUCUGUUCGUGUGGUACUGGAUAUAUCUUGAAUGCUGACGGAUUGGCCUGUGAUGAUGUUGACGAGUGCGCCAGUAACAACGGAGGAUGUGGACAAACUUGUACCAACAACGUUGGAAGUUUUGUCUGUUCGUGUGGUGGCGGAUAUGUCUUGAACGCCGACGGAUUGGCCUGUGAUGAUGUUGACGAGUGCGCCAAUAACAACGGAGGAUGUGGACAAACUUGUACCAACAACGUUGGAAGUUUUGUCUGUUCGUGUGGUGGCGGAUAUAUCUUGAAUGCCGACGGAUUGGCCUGUGAUGAUGUCGACGAAUGCGCCAGUAACAAUGGUGGAUGCGAAGGAACUUGUACAAACAACGUGGGAAGUUUUGACUGCGCUUGUGGUGCCGGCCUUGUGCUUAAUGCCGACGGGUUGGCCUGUGAUACUUGUGCCGACCUCUACCCCGGACUCCAGCCCUCCCACAACUUCGGGAUUUACCAGAACCAGUGCUUCUGGGCCGGCAACUUCCGCACUCCUCGGCUGAACUACAUGGCCGCCAAGCAAGCCUGCCAGGCCCAGGGCGGCACUCUGGCCAUGAUUAAGGACGAAGCAACCCAAACGUUUCUGAGUAACCAUCUGAAGACCAUCAGCGGCCGUAGGCAGAGGCGUUUUUGGAUCGGCCUUGACGACCUUAACGCGGAGAAGGCGUUCCUCUGGAACGACGGGACCCCGCUGGGCGAGUAUGACCUGUUCCGGUCCAGCGCCCCGCACAGGAUUCGCGACUGCGUCACUCUCUACAAGACUCGGAGGAUGGCUCGAUGGGACAUCAAGAACUGCGACUUUCGCUACCCGUACAUCUGCCAGCUGGGAGGCAACGGCAGCAAGUAGGACGGUGACGAACCGUGACGUCAUAACAUCGCUGUGUCGUCACGACAACAUGGAUCUAAAGAUGCUCUGAUGUCACCGCGUCGUCAGAACAUCUUUCCCACCGAUUUUGGCGCAGAUCAAAUACAUAGACACAAGACAGACCACAUGUACGGCCACACCAGUUCCGUUUCUUGGUUUUCUGAUUUUAUCUAGCUCCUUGGUGAACAUUUGCUGAAUAACAACCGAAAAUCAAGGACGCCAACUGGUGUGGCUCCAGAUUACUAGUAUGUUAAAGCUAACCAACUGUUACAGGACCAGAAAAGAUUGGGAACUCACAUUAUCCUUACAUAUUUACCUCUGCUUCAGUGACAUCUGUCUGUAGGUAUGGAUGACGAAUGAGAAUAAGGCCACAGCAAGUAAAUUUUAUGAAUGACAUCCUCAGCAGACUGCAAAAAUAGUGCGAUAUGG